CUCUUCUCCUCCUUCGCGAAGCCUCAUUUGUUUCUUCAAGAUCAAGAGUCAAGACAGUAACAGUGAGAGAGAUCUAAGAAUGGCUGCAAUGGCGAGAGUGGAUCUCGACGGAAACCCUAUCAAACCGAUAACCAUUUGCAUGAUUGGUGCCGGAGGGUUCAUUGGCUCUCAUCUCUGCGAGAAAUUGAUGGCAGAGACCCCACACAAGAUCUUAGCAGUUGAUGUUUACAAUGACAAGAUAAAGCAUUUAUUAGAGCCUGCAACUCUACCCUGGGCCGAUCGGAUCCAGUUCCACCGGAUAAACAUCAAGCAUGAUUCCAGGCUCGAGGGGCUCAUCAAGAUGGCGGAUCUGACGGUUAAUCUAGCGGCCAUUUGUACUCCGGCGGAUUACAAUACUCGUCCUCUUGACACAAUCUAUAGCAAUUUCAUCGAUGCGCUACCUAUUGUGAAGUAUUGCUCAGAAAACAACAAACGCCUUAUCCACUUUUCUACUUGUGAAGUGUAUGGGAAAACGAUUGGAAGCUUUCUUCCUACGGAUCACCCUUUGCGACAGGACCCUGCAUUCUAUGUUCUCAAAGAAGAUACAUCUCCCUGCAUUUUUGGCUCCAUUGAGAAGCAAAGGUGGUCCUAUGCAUGUGCAAAGCAACUGAUUGAGAGGCUGAUUUAUGCUGAGGGUGCGGAAAAUGGUCUUGAGUUCACCAUUGUGAGACCUUUCAACUGGAUUGGUCCAAGGAUGGAUUUUAUUCCUGGCAUUGAUGGUCCAAGUGAGGGUGUUCCACGAGUUCUGGCAUGCUUCAGUAAUAAUCUCCUGCGUGGUGAACCACUCAAGCUUGUAGAUGGGGGACAGUCCCAGAGAACCUUCGUGUAUAUUAAGGAUGCAAUUGAAGCAGUCGUUUUGAUGAUUGAAAAUCCUUCUAGGGCCAAUGGACAUAUUUUCAAUGUUGGCAACCCUAACAAUGAAGUUACAGUGAGGCAACUCGCAGAGAUGAUGACUGAGGUAUAUGCAAAGGUAAGUGGAGAACCCUCUUUGGAGAAACCAACCAUUGAUGUAAGCUCUAAAGAGUUCUAUGGUGAAGGAUAUGAUGACAGUGACAAGCGAAUCCCAGACAUGACAAUAAUCAACAGACAGCUUGGUUGGAACCCUAAGACAUCACUUUGGGACUUGCUGGAAUCAACUCUUACCUAUCAGCACAGGACAUAUGCUGAGGCUAUCAAGCAGGCCACUGUAAAAACGGUUGCAUCCAGCUAAGUAUGUUAUAUUUCUUUG